AUGCAUUCAACCACAACGAACCUGCCAAAUAAGGUUCAAUUUCUGUUGGAACAAGUUGGAAGUGAAAGACAAUCGGAUGAGACAGAUCUGGAGUCAGCUAUAACAGAGAUCCAACAAAUCAGUGGAUCGGCUUAUGGUGGAAAUUACAAACUAAGAUGGAUACAGCAACCUCGUUCGGUUUUUGUUGUCAAAAAAUCAUUGAGCGAAGCAACGGAACAAGCGUUCGUUGAAUUGAUAAAUUGGCUACACGAUAAAUAUCCUCAAAUCAAUAUUAUUAUCGAACAAGAAAUUGCUAAAGAAUUUCAAAAUAGACUACCAUUUGUAUACAUGAUACCCGAAGGGCAAAAAGAUGAAUAUACACGAGUGGUAGAUUUCGUUGUCACUCUAGGAGGUGAUGGUACUAUAUUGCAUGUGUCUUCACAUUUCGAUUAUUCCGUCCCACCCAUUAUCUCAUUCUCGAUGGGAACGCUUGGUUUUUUAUUACCAUUUCAUAUUAGACAAUAUCAAUCAGCAUUGGAAUCUUUGAUUAAAGGUGACGUCUCUUUGUUACUACGAAUGAGACUGGCAUGUUCAAUGUGGAACGCAGAAAGGAAAAAAAUUGUGUGGAAAGAUAAAGAAAUUGGACAUUUGCAAGCCAUGAAUGAAGUAAACCUACACAGAGGACGGUUUCCGCAUUUGACAGCAAUUAAUUGCUUUGUUGAUGAACAAUUCCUAACCAAUGCAGUGGCGGAUGGCUUGAUUGCUGCUACACCUACUGGCUCAACAGCAUAUUCAUUAUCAGCUGGUGGUCCAAUAAUACAUCCAUGUGUUCAAAGUAUUCUUUUAACACCUAUAUGCCCACGAUCAUUGUCAUUCCGGCCAAUUUCAUUACCGCCAGCCGCAAAAAUCAAAAUGAAGAUCAGUGAAGAAAGUCGCGCACCGCUAGAAGUAGCAGUUGAUGGUAGGGUAAUAUGUAUGCUGGAUAAAGGCGAUUUUUUAGAGGUAGAAAUGUCACCAUAUCCAAUUCCAUGUGUUAACCGUGUUGGUGAAGGCGUGGAUUGGGUUAAAGAUAUUAAUGAGCUGUUAAAGUGGAAUCAGAAUUUUGUGAAUAAACAGUUACUUACUCAUUGGUGGUGA